AUGGCACGACGACGUGUGCAACCGCCAGUGCAAGACGCCACUCAAGGCAGACGGGCCCGUGCUAAAGAUGCCGAAUCCGAAGACGAUGCAUCGAAGGCUGACAGCCAACAGAUACUCGCAUUGCGUCCACUACUCAAGAAGCCCAAAGGUGGCGAUAAGGAAGUUGAGCACUUUCGCGAAAAGGUUACCGCCGAUCAGGAGCAGCUUAGAGCUCUGCUCGAGCAGCGAAUGCACCAGGCAGAGGAGGAGGAAGCGCGUCGUCGCUACGAAAUCGCUGCUACGAUCAUGGAAGCUCUUGAGACUCCAAACCAAGCCAUCCAAGGCCAAACACCAACCUUAGGAGGCACCAAGAUCGCUAGCAAUACAGCCUACGCCUCUGUAUCCGAUGUCCUGAAAGCGUCCGAGGGCCUCAUCGUAGAGUAUCAGAGGCUCGAUAACAUAAUCAAGGGUUUGCGAGACGAGCGCACGGAGUCCGUUGCAGAUACAUGGAAGCAGAAUCUCGACGAGACGGAGAAGCAGCUGAAGAUGGGAGCAAGGGUGGCGCUGAGGAAUGUAAAGAAGGUGCUUGGAGCUGAUACUGAGGGCGAGGAACUAGCACCAGUGGAUGAGGAUGGAGACGAGAAGAUGGAGGGAGUAGUGGGCGAGGCGGAGACAGAGACAGAGCUGAACUAUGAGCUGCACAGGAGCUUGAGGUAUGCGGAGAGGGGUGUCAAGAGGAUGGUCAAGGGGCUUCCGAACGAUGAAGUUGCCUAGGUACUGACCUCCUGCAUCGCAUCGUAUUGCAUGGCAUCACAGUAUGUUGUUCGAAGGAUGUGCAAAGCUAUCAGCAAGGGUUCUCAUGAGAGCUUAACGUAACUAAGAACGAUCGAUACUUGCUUUAGAAGCCUUUACAGUGACUUGACUGCAGACAUUACUUCACUGAAUUCAGCUG